GGCGGGGCGAUACUCCGCAGUCACUCCGCGGGAGGUUCUGGCCCCCGCCAUUGUUGGGAUCGGGGGGGGGGGGGGGUCCCUGUCCUUAGAGCUUCCAGGUCGCCCUUCCCGGGUUUCUGUCUUUCUUAGACCUGUCCCUUCCUCGAAAUCGUAGGCAGAACGCCGGGAGACCCCGGAAAGCUAGAGAUGGACUCAGUGGCCUUUGAGGAUGUGACUGUGAAGUUCACCAUGAAGGAGUGGGCUCUCCUAGAUCCCUCCCAGAAGAAACUCUACAGAGAUGUGAUGCAGGAAACCUUCAGGAACCUGGCCUCAAUAGUUUGUGGUUCAGAGGAAAAAUGGGAUAUCCAUGACAGUGAAGAUCAGAAUGAAAAUCAUGGGACAGAUCUAAGCAGUCAAAUGGUAGAAAGACUCCAUAAAAGCAAAGAAUGUAGUCAGUAUGAAGAAAUCUUCAGCUAGAUUCCAUAUCAUAAUCAGAAGAAGAAAAGUCCUACCAGAAUAAAACUACGUAAA